UGAUGGAUGAUUUGGAGACGAGGACGAUGGAGCUGCAGAUGUCCUCUAGGAGGAUGGAAAUGAAGAGGAAGACGGACCCUGAUGAAGAAAGAGAUGAUGAUGAAAAUAUGUCUGAAUCUCCGUCCGGCUCCGUUUCCUCCUCACACGGAACUCCCAGCAAGGCGCCAAAGUGGGAAAACGGCUGCUGUCUACAAAACAUCGACAUAAUCACCGACCUGAAUUUAUGUAAAAAAGCUGUGGUAGUUUUGACCAGAUUGCCUGAAUAUAAGAUCAGCGCCCUGCGACCACCGACCCCUCCGCAGUUCUACAGUGAAGAUGAAACUCUCAGCAGCUCGGACUCAGACAUGCCGUGGGAAUCCGAAGAGGAUUCCAGCGACUCCGAAUUUUUUGUCUUAAACAAUAAAGACAAAUACUUCAAAUCCUCCAAAAUUGAUAUGACAAGAAUGUCUGCAGGACCUUCAACCAGUAACAAUAACAAUGUUUUUCCUCAUUGCUCUCGUGAAACUGCAAGUAAUCGGCCUAACCUGCCUGAGGAAGAAAUCAGAGUGGACAUGAUGGUCAUUGCCAGAAGACGACCAAUGAGAUGGCAGCGGGGGAAAAUAGAGGAGAUAAUUACAAAGGACGACGGGCGGUUGAAGUACAAAGUUAGGUUUGAGGAUAAGGGAACGUGUCUCGUGUCUGCACACCACAUCGCGUUCGACUCCAGACCGAAGGUGGAGCAGCUGGUUAUCGGCAGCCGUGUGGUGGUGCGGUGUCAAAAUAACAAGUUCCGAUUCCGGCCUGGUGUUUUGUCCGAGCUGCCCAGCAGGAGAAACCAGUUCAGGUUCUUGGUAUUCAUGGAUGAUCACACUCCAGUUUAUGUAGGACUGCCGUUAUUUCACCUGGUCUGCAGACCACUGGAGGAUGUUUUGGACGAUGUUCCUGAUGGUCCUCACAAGUGUUUUAUGAGACUCUACCUUAAGGACGACUGGCCGUACCCCCGUUUAAACAAGUACAGGAUCGGACAAACCUUUAAUGUAGAAUUAAAUGGAGUCCAGCAGAUGUGUGAGGUGCAGGCGGUCGACUCCAGCUUGAUACAAGUUGUAUUUCAGGAAAACCAUCGACGGGAGUGGAUCUUCAGGGGCUCCAUGCGACUGGAGCACAUUGCCAAAUUUUGGGGACUGAAAGGGAGGGAAGAAUCCAAGGAUGAUUCUGACUCUGAUUAAUUCAAAGACAGAUGUAAUCCGUGAUGAAUUUGAGUUCAACAGAGUUGUCAAACAGAUUCUCAGUUCUUUAUGAUGUUGAUCUGAAACCAGCUGUUUGUUGUGCAGUCAUUUUAUUUUGAAAUGAAUUCUCCCUGAUUAUAAUGAAGUUGAGCGUUCUGAUGAGAUAAUAUGUAGAGAAAAAAUAAUAAUUGCUACUGGAAACAGCUUUGUUUGUAUCCAAAGAGCAGCAUCUGAACUGGAAGCUAAUGCUCCAGUAUUCUGAGAGGAAAUGGAUAUUUGUCUUUUUUUUUUUUUUUUGUAGAAUUCUUUGCAGCAUUCCACAAUUGUUGCAUCUUGUCUCUGUUAUGGGUAUUUAAAGCAAACUGAGAAAACAAGUGAAUUACAUGUUUGGAACCAGAGCUCAAUUGUACACAAUGUGCACUACUAUAACACAAAAAAUAUGAUUAAAAUACUGACAUAUUUUAAAGUAAUGAAAAUCAUUUUGAUCUCAGUGUAAUAUUAUAAAAUUCUGCAAACAAUUUUUUUUCAUUUGUCUGACUUGUGAGUAGGGUUGCAAAAUUCUAGGAAUUUUUCAUUGAAAAUACGAGGAAUUUACAAGCAUAUAUCCAAAAUUUAAAUAUCAAGUUUGACCAGUAAUAGUUAUUUUUUGUGUUUUUUUUAAUGACCCCUAAUUUCCACUUUCAUGAAAAGUUUUCAGUUUGUAAUGUGUGUGUGUUUCCUUGUAAUUGUGUUAUGUGUUCUGCACUAUGUUCAUGAUCCCAAGUCUGCUGCCCUUAUUUUGCUCCACAGCCAAAAUACAGUAUUUUGGGUUUUUUUUCCCCCCAAAAUUUCGCAGCUUAGCUUCUAAUGGAAGGAUUCCUUGCAACCCAACUCGUGAGCAGACGUUUUUAGUUGUUUCUGGUCUUAUUGUUGACUGAUGUGAUGUUAAGGAAAGAUGCACAGAAUUGGUAAUCAAAACCAAGCAAGUUUAGUUUGUGCCAAAAACAUUAUACGAUAUUGCCAGCAGAUUUAACUAACAGGAAUUCUGCUAAUUCAAAGUUUUUUUUUUUUUUUUUUUUUUUUUUGCGCCUGCUUUCCAUAAGAACAGUACCCUCCCAGAGAUGAAUCGCCACAUUGGGGCGCCUCUUUCUCUUCAUGGACCGGUAACUUGGUACAUCUGAUGGAUCACAUCACUGUGUAAUGAUGUACAGCAAAAGAAAAGACUGCUUAACUUUUAAUGUACGCUCUGUAUCUGGUUUAUACAUUCAGCUUUACCGUUGUGGAGUCCUUGUAUAAUUCAGUCAUCGGGUUGUUUCUGCGAGCUGAUGUCGGUCUUGCUUCACCCAGAAGCAGGACCCCUGCAUGUAAACUAACCAUCUUGUUUUUUAACUCGGCACCACUGAACUGUACGGCUGUGACUAAAGUGAUUAAAAGGGUUUAUCAUGCCUUUCCUAGUCUAGUGUUUUUUUGACAAGAAGUAGAGCCUCACAUCUUCACGCUGUUUCUGUGUUUGGUGGAAAAAAAUAAUAUAUUGAAUGAAAUUUGAGCAGUCAAUACGGUGAGAAAAGUGUAAUAUAAACAUAAUCUAUUGGAAUAAGUUACAUGAGCUUUGAGCUGGUUUUCAACAUCGCCAGACAGAAAACUUAAAAUUCUGCUUCACUUUAUCUUUUUGUUUGUUUUAUAUUCAAGCCUAUCAAAUUAAGUUUUUUUUUUCCAGGCAUGCUUCUAACAUGCAUGUACUCAAAAUGAAGUCCUUCAAACUUUCAAUUAUUUUUAAGCUCCAUAAUAUACAUAGAGGAGUUUAAGAAAUGGAGUAGAUUUUUUUUAUUGUAUUUAUAAAUAAAAUGUUUUCUUGCAACAUUUUCCAUCAACGCUUACAUCUAAUUUGUAGUGAUUAGUAAACAUACGUUGAUAUUUUUAUUUUGUGCUCCUUGAGAUUUGUUUGUUUUUGUGUCAAGUGACAAAAUCUGGUGCCAGUUUUUCUUUUAUAUGCACCUAAUUGUCUGCAAUAUUUUUUUUGUCCUUUUUCGUUCAGUAUUACUCUAUUUCAAAUAGAAUUUAGUCUGUGAUCUUGCCUGCAUCAUUUUAAUAUUUUUUGCUGUACUGUAAAUUAGCCUGUCAUUUGUAAUUGCCUCAUUUUCAAAUAUUUUCAUUAAAAGUUUAUUUUACAACUUUA